CGCACCGGUUCAAACCCGGAAUUCCUAUUUGUAGUAUAGUAUCAAGCGAUAUGCACAGGCGCCUUGCCGACCACGGACAAUGUGGUCAAGAUCGGAGAGCAGCAGCGAUGCAAUUCAACUGAGUUAUUUGAACGGAGAUCAUUGAAUGGCGUUAAGAUUGUGUUCAACUGUUAUAUUGCCAUUGAUUGGGGCAAUCGAAAGCAAUGAGGCACUCAUAAAUCCCGUCGCUGAAUGUCAGCAGAUAAGAUAUCGAAAUGGCGAAAUCUAGUUUAGUUUCUUGGUGGCCAGUUGCCUUAUAAAUAAUCGUUGUCCAGAUUAGACUAACGUCGUGUAUAAAAGACUUUGCGUUGACUGCGGCGCGUUUCAGUUACGUCGUCACGAUGAUUUCCAGUUUGAUUGGAUCGAUUUUGCUGCUGGCUGCCGUUUGCCAUGGAGCACCACCUGGUAGUCUCAGCGGUCGCAUUGUGGGCGGCGAAGAUGCCACACAGGCGCAGUUUCCGCAUCAAAUAUCGCUGCGCAACGGCGACUCCCAUAGCUGCGGCGGAUCAAUCAUAUCGAGGAACUGGGUGCUUACCGCGGCUCAUUGUGUUUCCUACGAGGAUGCCAAUGGGGAGUUAGUCAUUCAGCCAGCCAGCCGGUAUAGCAUCCGUGCCGGCAGCAAUGAUCGACUCAAAGGAGGCGUUCUGCUGCAGGUGGUCGAGAUCAUUGUGCACGAGGAUUAUGGCAAUUUCCUUAACGAUGUGGCUAUACUUCGCGUGGAGGCACCCUUUAUCUACUCGGCAAACAUCCAGCCGAUCGCAUUGCCCACCAAAUAUACGCCAGACGACGCUGACAUUAUUGUCUCUGGCUGGGGUCGCCUUACCCAGGGCGGCGAUGUGCCACGAUAUCUGCAAUGGACAACGCUCAAAUCGCUGUCGCUGCUGGAAUGUGAUAGUCGCAUUGGAUAUGGAUAUCCCAAUAUCUUGUGCCUGCUCCAUGAGGCGGACAACGGUGUCUGCAAUGGAGACUCGGGUGGUCCUGCCCUCUACAACAAUGAAGUUGUUGGCAUUGCCGGCUUUGUCUAUGGUGGCUGCGGCACCACCAACCCAGAUGGCUAUGCACGUGUUCAUCUCUUUGUGGAUUGGAUUAAAGCCCACACCGAUGUCGAGUAGGAUAACUAUACAACUUUUUUGUUAAAAUUGAUUCGAAAUAAACUUUAAAAAUUA